UAUCAAUUAGUACAAAAAAGCAAAAAGUUUCAAUUGUCAUUUAGCUUGUUUAUCAAAUUGUUCGGCUUGCAAAGUAAUUAAUUUUAUAAAAGAGAAACUUUCCUUGUAUUGUUACAUUUUUCGCAUAACACCAACUUCUUUGAUCCAAAACAACAUUUUCUCAACAAUAACAAUAAUACGUAAAUUCACACAAAGAGAAAAAAAAUGGCAUCGAAGCGUAAAUCAGAGCCAGUUAAGAAGACCGCAAAGCGCGGUAAAAAGAAGACUGAAGAUUCUUUCGAUUCAGAUUUGAGUGACGAUUUUCAUGAUGAAAUUAAUGAGAGUAAUGGAUCUGCACCUGUUACAUUUGAUGAACGAGCUGUCUUGCCUAAAUUGCCUGACGAAUUGCUCGCCUCGAGAGAUCGUGAGCCAGGCAGAUUACUUAUUGCUGGUAUGGUAACAUGGGAUUUAGUCGGUAAAAAGACUGAUACAAAAGGAGGCAUUAAGAUACGUCCAAAUUUGUAUUACUUUAAUCGUUUCACCGAGGACAAGUAUCGAUUGGCUGUAAGUGGAUCGACUUCUGCUCACUCUGUUCUCAUUUCCAUGGAUCGCAAAGCUUUAACUUUUGGACGAAAUACUAUGGGGCAGCUUGGACAGCCAGAAUUGAAGACAUAUGAGAAGCCUACACCAGUUGCUGGAUUAGAAGGAUUUGAUAUAAUUGAUGCAGCUUGUGGACGCAACCACACAUUGUUCCUAACUGAUACGGGUCUUGUAUUUGCUGCAGGAGACAAUAAAAGUGGACAAUGUGGUGUUGGAUCGACAACUCCAAUGAUCACAAAGGCAACGAGAAUAAAUUACAAUGGUCCACCAAUCAUUAAAGUCGGCUGUGGUGCCGAAUUCUCUGUCAUUUUGGACAUAAAAGGCAACUUACAUACAUUCGGCUUGCCAGAAUAUGGUCAAUUAGGCCACAAUACAGAUGGCAAAUACUUUAUCACUUCAUCAAAAAUGUCAUUCCAUUUUGAAACAUCGCCAAAGCGAGUUCCAUUGUACAUUGAAAAGGCAAAAGACGGUCACGUUACACCAGUUGAUGAUGUUCAGAUUGUUGAUUUUUCUUGUGGCGCAAAUCAUUCUGUUGCCAUUGACAGCAAAAAAAGAUGCUUUAGUUGGGGAUUUGGUGGUGUCGGACGUUUAGGACAUGCUGAACAAAAAGAUGAAAUGGUUCCACGAUUAAUCAAGUUCUUUGACUCGUCAAAUCGUGGAGUACGAAGAGUUUUCUGUGGAUCUUCUUUCACAUUGGCUAUUCCAGAUGCUGGACAAUUGUUUUUAUUCGGACAAAAUAAGAAGACUGGUGAAGCAAACAUGUAUCCAAAACCAGUUCAAGAUCUUGCCGGCUGGAACAUUACUCAUGUUGCAUGUGGAUUCACAUCAAGCGUAAUCUCAGCAGACGAUUCGCUCAUUGUAUGGGGUGCAUCGCCAACUUAUGGUGAAUUGGGUCUCGGUGAUUUGACAAAAUCAUCAUCUCAGCCAAAAGAAGUUACAAAGAUGGCAGAAAUGAAAAUUCCACAAGUUGCAAUGGGAUACAGCCACUCAUUGCUCCUAGUAAAUACGGAUGAUGAAAAGACUAAAGAAAAAUAUGAUAAACUGAAUGAAUUUAUCGUUGAUUAGGAAGUAGAUCUCUCUCAAUGUCCAUUUCUUAAAUUCUGUUUAAAAAAAUCUCAAUUUUUUGUCUGAUAAGUUUUAGUUUCAGAUCCAUUAUUAGGAUAUCCAUUUGUUUAAUUUUUUUUAGAUUCCUUAAUACUUUUUUUUGAAAGAACAGGAAAAAAGCC